AUGGUUUUUUGGUGGUGGUUUUGUCCUUAUCGCCAACCUCGGUUCGAAUCCGAGUCACGGCACUCUUCUCGGCCCCUCGCGACCCAUCCCUUUUACUUUGUCUUUAAACACCCCCACCGUGGGGGCGCCAGCGCCUCGAACCUGGGGGCCCGAGAGCCCUGCUUUCCGCUGGCCACUGGGCGCCAGGAGGUCUUCUUCAUUCACCCGAAGGAAAGGAAAACUCCACUCGCCGCUAACCUCGGGACCUUCUCCGCUCUGACUCGGAGCGUAAGGAAACUCAACCAAAUGGCUUUUCUUCAGCGCGCCUCCAAACGAGGACAAGUCCUGGAGUCCCCAGCUGUCCAGCGAGAAGCCUCGUGGGCUGUCCUUGCUGGGAAGUGGCGUCUCCGGGGGUCCUCAGAAAACCUUAAGGAUCUUCAAAGACCAGAGAAAAGUGCCCGUCAGGUAUGUGCGCAGUGUGGCACCCUGAGGCUGCUUUCUACGAGACCCUUCGGUGGAGGAAGCGUGGUUGAGGGGUUGGAGGUGCACAACACCGCCUGGUUCCAGCAGGCCGCACAGGAACCUUCUGUGGUGUUUCACUCCAAGAAAUCCAGGAAUUCUAAAUUCAUCCCUGCCAUCUGGGUAAUGAUGAAGGCAGAGUUUUCCAAAGAACUGUCAGGAAGCAGACAAAGAGGCCCGCUGCCAUCACUUCUCUUCACCACUGUGAUGGAGAUCUUAGCCAGUGAGGAAAGGCAAGAAGAAGUAGGAGAAGUGCAAAUGAAAAAAAGAAUACUACAAUUAUUUAUAUAUAUGAAAUAAAUUACUGGAACUA